CACAGAACAGGAAAUAAGAUUGAGGCAGACGAGCAGAAACGUCCAAGCAGCGGUUCGAGCUGUGCGACUCCAGCUCUCUGCAUACACAGCUGCUUCAGGUCGGUCUGAGAGACAUUACGAGGGAAUUUUUGGAAACAAAAUCAGCUCCAUGAUGUCCUCACAUUAACUCAGAGGCCACACGCAUGCACCAGAGCAUGGAGCUUGUGUCAGUGCAGUAUGAGUAUGAGUACACAGCGAAGGAUGGUCACCAUGUUUCCAUCAAACCUAAUGAAAGCUACAUCCUGGUCUCCAAGACGAAUGAGCACUGGUGGCACGUCCGCAAAGACCUGGACACCAAGCCCUUCUAUAUCCCCGCACAGUAUGUGAAAGAAGUCCAAUCGCAUACUGGAGACUCCCCCGGUGCUAAUAACAGUAAGCUGCUGGAUAUCACUGAUGUAACACCACGUAGAGGGACUACAGUGAUCCGUAUGACAGCUCUGGAUCCUUCAAGAGAAACAUACCGGUUCUCCACUUUUGGUUUAUGUGAAAACAUACCAGAUGUGAAGCCCAGUGAGACUCUGAAAGAAGGACAGACCACCAGCAGCUCUGCACCUUCCCAGGAUAAUACAAAGACGCACAAUUCAGCAUUUACCUCAGCACCUCUGAAAACUGACGGCCUGCAGCUGUAUGCAAAACCUCAUCCUGUGUCAAAGGUCGGGAAAGAACAAAAGCGGCCAAAAAGCUUACUGCAGGACGAUAAAGUAGAACAGCCACAGACUUUUGUGGAUGAUGAGGACAUGGACUUCCCUUCACCCCCUAGUUCACCCAUAUAUGACACCAUACCAGAGAUAAACAUCCAAGACUUUGACACAUUUUCUGAGCUGCCCAGUCCUGUCCCUCCAGAUGACGUGUCAGCAUCGCAGCAGCAGAGUUUGAAUCAAGCCACAGAAGAAACUUCAUCCACAGAUGCUCUUCCUAUUGAGCAGUUGGAGAAUGAAAAUCUCCGGUCAGCCGUCUAUGUCAAUGUAGCACAGCUUCGCAAAAGCAUCUCUGAGUCUCCCCCCUCGGCUCCUUCGUCCUUCUCUCCUUCCAACCUUGACCUAGAGGGAUGGGAGGUGCACACUGACCAGGAAAGUGGACAGGAGUAUUACUACCACCCCGCCACAGGGCGCACCACCUGGGACAACCCCUUUCUAGACUCCCCCACGGAUCCCGAGCCUCCUCCUUGCUCUCCCUCACCUCUUCAGUCACCUGCCCUCUCUCCGUCCACCGCCUCCCCCCCUGCGUGGACCUCAGACUGGGAGCAGUUGGUGGAUGAGACCAGUGGUCGCCCCUACUUCUACAACCCGAUGUCUGGGGAAACGUCCUGGGAGCCUCCCGAGCAGCUGAGCCCGUACCCCCCUCUGAUGGAGCCUAUGAGUGUGCACAGGUUUCACGAGGACGGGCCGCCUCCUCUACCUGAGGAGGACUACCCCUCGGAAGAUUACCCAGCUGCUGAUCUACCAGAGUCCUACGAGGAGCUCCACGCCACGGGACCUCCCACCCUCCCUAAGGAGUACUCCCUCAGCCACGUGAGCCGGCCCGUCAUUCCCAGGGCCAACCUGGACCGCAGUACCCCGAGUGGUUGGAACCUCACCGUGGAACCCAACGGGACCUGGGUGUUCACCAGUGAACACUCUUCGGAUCAGUGGAUCAAGUCUGUGGAUGAUCGAGGCCAGACCUACUACUACCUGAGGGAUGGCUCCAAGUCUCAGUGGAACCUGCCUGAGGCCCCUGUAGCUCAUGGUCAGUCCAGGGUGGAGAAUGGUCUUGAGGUGGAAAAUGUGUCAGUCAUUAAAAACUGGAGACACACCAUGGGACCUGCUCAGCUCAGCCCAGCUCAGGAUGAUGGGAGGUUCAUGCCAACUCACAGGAGGAACACGUCAGACUACAGCAGCGACAGCUCCAGCACAGGAAACUCUCCGGAGACGCAGCAUAAUGUGCAGAACUUAGAGAAAGCCGGGAUUCUCAACAAAACUAAAGUUUCUGAGAACGGCAAGAAAGUAAGGAAAAACUGGGCCCAGACGUGGACGGUUCUCCACGGAGGAGUGCUGACGUUCCACAAAGACCCAAAGUCUGCAGCAACUGGGGCCUCGAACAAGACCAAUCAGAUUGUUCCAGAGGUCACGGUGGAUCUGCGAGGAGCGACGAUUGGCUGGGCCUCGAAGGACAAAUCAAGCAAAAAGAAUGUUUUAGAGUUAAAAGGCAAGAACGGUGUGGAGUUUCUGAUACAGUACGAUACAGAGAGCAUCAUCAACGACUGGCACAAAGUCUUGGUGGACACCAUACGACAACUGGAGUACCAGGACCAUCACUCAGAUGAUGAGGACGGGGACUUGUAUGAGAAGAUCCCCAACACAGAGAGAGAUGACAAGACUGGAGGCGGCGCGGACAAGCGAAGAUCCUCUAGGCCCAGUGUCGUGUCCUCAUCCAGCUCUGCAGGCGACGCAGACCAGAAGAGGGUUCGAACCAAGCUGAUGAAGUUCCUCAUGAAACGCCCAACUCUGCAGUCUAUCAAGGAGAAAGGCUACAUCCGAGAUAAUGUGUUUGGUUGCCAUCUGGCCACGCUGUGUGCACAGGAGAGGACCUCAGUUCCCAGUUUUGUAGAGAGCUGUAUCAAAGCAGUAGAAAAGAGAGGUUUAGACAUUGAUGGACUCUACAGAGUGAGUGGUAACCUCGCUGUCAUUCAGAAGCUACGCUUCAAGGCAGAUCAUGAGGAACUGGACCUCGAGGACGGUCAGUGGGAGGAUGUUCACGUCAUCACUGGAGCGCUGAAGUUGUUUUUCCGAGAGCUUCCUGAGCCGCUUUUCCCUUACAGCCACUUUAAUGACUUCAUCACAGCCAUCAGAAUUCCUGAUUACAACACAAAAGUGUCUUGCAUGCAGGAUUUAGUCAGAUCACUUCCUACUCCAAAUCAUGACACCAUGAAACUUCUUUUUGGGCAUUUACGCAGGGUCAUUCUGUAUGGGGAGGAUAAUCGCAUGACUGUGCAGAAUGUGGCAAUUGUGUUUGGCCCGACGCUGCUUCGGCCAGAGAUGGAGUCAUCCAACAUUGCAAUGCACAUGGUGUUUCAGAACCAGAUAGUGGAGUUCAUUCUCAAUGAAUACGAGCGUAUCUUCCACUCCAGCUAAAGCAGUCACAAGCCUCCAGUGCAGACCUGGGCAAACGUCUUCAUCUGCUCAAGUGCUAGAUUUAACUUUGCAUGCACAUAAACAGCUUCGGUGCAACACCUGAAAACAAACCUCCUCUUGUAAAAUAAGUUAAAGGGCUCCUCAAGUUUUCUUUGCUCAGAAUAUUUGAAGUUUAACCACUAGAUAAAAAUCUAGAUAAAGAGAUCUUCAAAUAGUCUUUGCUGAGAAUAUUUGAAGCAUGUUUAAGCGCUGAUUUGUCCAGAUUUUCUCCAUAGGAGGCUUGCACUGUUAGUACUAUCUUUGGCAGUAUUGUAGGAUUGGAAAUUGAGCUGCACACAGGUGUAAACAGGUGUGGUUUGGUUUCCCGUCUCAGAGCUAUUGAGCUUGUUUCUUGGUUGGAGGAAGGACUGUGUCAGAUUGCUCUCGCUCCCUGAGAUUCUAGCUGUCUUAAUCUCACAAGUCACUUUCUGGAGAUUUUUGUUGUUUAUUUUUAUUUUUUCUUUGUUUUGGUUUGUCUAAGUCGCAGUAAUAAUAGAGCCCAGGUCAAACUUCGUUCAAAUGCAUUAAUUCUCUCUUUAAGAAAUGAUCAAUUAUUGCUUCCAUCUUUAUUUUAGAAAGUUUAAUGACCUUUAAACAUUGUUUUGAAUUUGAAGUUAAAAUAUAUCUCAUAUUGCAAUAACUGAGAUUUUAUUCUAAUAUUGUGUUUUUGUUUUUCAGUUUCAUUUUUACCCAUGGAUUCUUUUAUUGUAAUAUAGAAAUGUAUAAAAAAAAGAAAUAUUAAUACCAUUAUCUUGCUGUGAAGUAGAUGGUGACAUAGAAAGCUUGUGCAGUCUAUAGGUUAUUUUCCACAGAACUGCAAAACACCCAUUUUUCAAUCAAGCUGUACUUGAAGAAGCUGUAUGAUAACAAGAUAGAAACAUAAAUAAGUAACACAUCUUUUUGACAGUUGGUGGUAAAGCCAUUCAGACCAUGAAACAGAGAAGUGGAUACUAGAAGAGAUUUAUGUCCUGUAAAUAGACAUAGAUGGCAUAUUUAUGCUGAAAGUUGUUAAAAAUGCAUGUUAUGCAAUAAUAAAGUAACUUUAUAAAAAAAAUAAUAA